UGACAACUGCUUGAGGAGGGUCACGAACACUGCGAAUCAGACUUUGCCAAGGAUGUUGUGUUUGGAGUCUGUACAGAAAUGAUCACUUUUAAGAUUCUAUAACAUACAGAUACUGGACUGCAUAGAAAAUAUCCCGAUCCCGGAAAGACACUGAAGCUGUUGGAUUCGUGUAAUGGGUGUGAUAAAACAGGAACAUAGCCGUCCGCAUCUAAUGUCCCGUUAAAAAUCCCGCUUUUCUCAACAACAGCAUUGCACCACGGAAAACACCAUGCCAGGUAAACUGAAGGCGAAGAUUGUCGCUGGUCGGCACCUCCCUGUCAUGGACCGGGCUAGUGACUUAACAGAUGCUUUUGUGGAGGUUAAAUUUGGAAACACAACAUUUAAAACAGACGUUUGUCCUAAGUCUCUGAACCCACAGUGGAACUCUGAAUGGUUUAAGUUUGAGGUCGAUGAUGAGGAGUUGCAGGAUGAACCAUUGCAGAUCACUGUGCUGGACCAUGAUACAUACAGUGCUAAUGAUGCUAUAGGGAAAGUUUAUAUAGACAUUGAUCCUCUGCUCUGCAGUGAAGCAGCAACUGUCAUCUCAGGCUGGUUUCCCAUCUAUGACACCAUACACGGUAUUCGUGGGGAGAUUAACGUGUUGGUGAAAGUCGACUUAUUUAACGACCUCAACCGAUUCAGACAGUCGUCGUGUGGAGUCAAAUUCUUCUGUACCACAUCUGUACCACAGUGUUACCGGGCUGUGGUGGUUCAUGGCUUUGUGGAGGAGCUGGUGGUGAAUGAGGAUCCGGAGUAUCAGUGGAUCGACCGAAUCAGAACCCCCCGUGCCUCCAACGAGGCCAGACAGAGACUCAUCUCUCUCAUGUCAGGUGAGCUGCAGAGGAAGAUUGGGCUGAAGGUUCUGGAAAUGGGUGGGAAUGCUGUGAUGGGGUACCUGCAGUGUUUCGAUCUGGAGGGAGAGUCUGGACUGGUUGUUCGUGCGAUCGGGACAGCAUGUACGCUCGAAAAACUCACCAACACUGUCGCACCUAGCGCCCCCCUCAACUCCUCCCCCUCGAAAGAUGUCAAAGAGCCUGGUUUUGGGGAAGAGGUGUGUCCUGUGCCCCUGUGUUCUGGGCCUCCCACUCCCCUGAGAACCCAAACCUUCUCCUCUUUCUCCCCCUCCAAGUCCUACAGUCGCCAGUCCUCCUCCUCAGACACAGAACUCAGCCUCACUCCCAAAACCGGUAUGGGCAGUGGGGGGAGUACAGGGAAGGAGGGGGGGCCUCUGAAAACCCUGCUCAGACAGCAAACCCAGUCAGCACUGGAGCAGAGGGAAUUCCCAUUCUUCACCCUGACUGGAUUCCCGCCUGGUUUUCUGGUUCAUGUGGGGGGUGUGGUCAGUGCGCGCUCAGUUAAACUGCUGGACCGCAUUCACAACCCAGAUGAACCAGAGACCCGUGACGCGUGGUGGGAGGAGCUUCGGCAGGAAAUGAAAUCUCAUGCUAAAGCUCUGGGAUGCCAUGCUGUGGUUGGAUACAGUGAAUCUACCAGCAUCUGUGAGGAGGUGUGCAUUCUGUCUGCUUCGGGAACAGCUGCUAUUCUGAGCUCACGCUGGCUGCAGGAUGGAUUUGUGGACGGAUACACCGAACACAGGUUUGAGGAAACAGCGCCCCCAGGCUGUGGAUUUUGUCACAUCCCCUAUGAUGAGUGUAAUAUGCCGUUUCCUGCCCAGCUUACACACUGCUGCUGCUGUCGGAAGAGCAAGGUCCCAGACGUCCUCUUCACCACCAUAGACCUGCCCACUGACGCCAGUGUGACGGGGAAAGGCUGUCUUAUACAGGCCAGGCUGUGUCGUAUUAAGAAGAAGGCGCAGGGGGAAGGCAAUGCUACAGCCAUCAGUAACCUCCUGCCAUUCAUGGAGUACGAACUGCACACGCAGCUGAUGAACAAACUGAAGCUACGCGGCAUGAACGCGCUGUUUGGUCUCCGUGUUCAGAUCAGCGUUGGGGAGACCAUGCUCCUGGGGCUGGCGUCAGCCACAGGUGUAUAUUUGACAGCAUUGCCAAAUCCUGGAGGGAUCCAGAUCGCAGGGAAAACUCCCAGUGACAUCACUUACGAACAGCACAUCUCCAACAUCCAGAGGAAAAUCAGUGACACUAUAGCGAGGAACAAAGAGCUUUAUGAAAUCAACCCCAUGGAGGUUAUGGAUGAGAUGAUUGGCUCCCCAAUCCCUGAGCCCAGACAGAGGUCCCGUCUUUUCCGCUCUCACUCAGAGAGCUCGGACGAAGUGUCGGAGUUAGAUCUGUCUCACGGGAAGAAGGACGCUUUUGUGCUGGAGAUUGAUGACACAGAUGCUGUGGAGGACAUUCACUCUCUCCUGACUGACGCUCCAGCUCCCUCAGGAUUCUACAGCUGUAACACUGAGAUUAUGCCUGGGAUUAACAACUGGACAUCAGGAUUGCAGAUGUUUACGUCUGUCAGGGUCUUUCGCCUCAGCAAUGCCAAUUUGACCAAUCAGAGUUUGAAUAAGAUCUUCACAGACCUGUGUGAGAACUUACUCAAGAGUUUGUACUUCAAACUGAGGUCCAUGGUGCCCUGCUGUCUUUGCCACCUCAACUUCACCGUGGCAGUGCCAGAGGACGAACUCAUACAGGUUGCGGUGACCGCUGUAGCGAUGAGUUUUGAUAGAGAUCAGAGCCAAGACACUUUCAGACAGAGUGAAGACAGAAGCCUGAUGAAGGCGAUGGCGGAGAAUGAGGAACAGCUUCAGUUCCCUCUGGAGCUGAGUGCAGAAUCCUCCUCAACCAAGCCUCCCAACUCCACCAAAGGACUACCAGAGGGCUCAGUCUCCAGUGCCACGCCGCGAGCCUCCUCGGUUGAUUACAGUUCCUUUACAGACAGAUGCAGCUCCUGGAUAGAGCAGCUUAGACUGAAAGCUCACACCAUAAGACGUGGAUCAGUUAAGACAACGUCCUCUCUGGAGAAGGCCAGUCCGCUGACUGACGGCCGAUCUCGCUCACUCCGCUCCACGCGCUCAUAUUCGGGCAGCUCUGUCACUGUGGUCAAAAUGACCCCACUCUCCUUCAUCCCUGGAACAAAGAUUGUCAAAUACCUCGGCAUUAUAAACAUGUUCUUCAUCAGAGAAACCACCUCACUACGAGAGGAGGGAGGGGUGAGUUGUUUCCUGCAUGCCUUCAUAGCUGAGGUGUUUGCCAUGGUGCGCGCUCAUGUGGCCGCUCUGGGAGGGAACGCCGUCGUCUCCUACAGCAUGAAGGAGUGUGUGUUUAUGGAGAACCCCAACAAGAACCAGGCUCAGUGCCUUAUAAAUGUAAGUGGAGAUGCCGUCGUCUUCAUUCGAGACUCUGAGUUGGAGACAACACCUCAGCAGCCGCAGUCAGCCAGCACACACACCUCCAGCAGUGGAGACGGCACUUGAACACACACACACAUACAAAAUAAAUGCAGAAUAUUGCCAUUGAGGAGUGUGAUGAGAGAGUCAGCCUUAAACCCCCAGGCCUUUCAGCAAACACACACACACACGCCACACAUACACAUACACACACCACUCCCAAAGAGGCCUGACUAGUCGAAUGCCAGAGUCCCCAGUGGGUUCGUGUCUCCUCUCCACGGCCAAAAUCAUUCCCUUUCCUGAGAGACGACUGCGGCAGCUACAAAGACUUUUAAAAAAAUACGUCCACAGAGAGAGAGAGAGAGAGGGUGUGUGUGUCUGUGUCGCUGAACAUACACACUCAGCUCUGGUUACAUUUCUCACACCAUGUGCUACUACUGAUUUAGAAAAAUAAUCAUGUAAAAUGCUGGAAUUUAUUUUUCUUCUGAUUUGUUUGUUUGUCUGUUUUUUAGUCUAGAUGCCACAAAACCUUUUUUGUUUUUAUAAAUGUACUCAGAACAGAGGGCAGAGUUAGUAUUUCAAAAAAUGUUUUGAAUGAUGUCUCUCUUUCUCUCUCUCUCUCUGUCUCCUGCAUGUGCAAUGCUCCAGUACCAUAGUGUAAACUCCUUGGGGGGUGGGGGGGUACUUUCUGUGAAAAGACUUGAAUGUACAGAAAAAACAGCUUGUGCACAGACAGACAGGCUUUUGAACGUGAUGCAGACAGACAGACAGAUUUGUGAGAGACAGACAGCAGUAAACAUGCCUG